CUCGCUUUGUGAUUGUUCACCCUCUUUGUUGAAUGAGUGUCUGUCUGACUUGUGCUUCCAUUUCUCACUCGUUCAUUGAUUGUUGUGGCCGUGAGAACCGAUCACUGAGUGGACUCCUCCAUCCUUGGCAAAAUGCUCUCUCGUUUGGCCAUCACCGCCGGUUCCCGGAAUUCGGGCAGUUUUAUUUGGGGUCGCUCGUCCGCGGCCUUGUCCACGGCUCAGCCCUUGUCCAACAACGCUCCGGUCAUCAUUCAAGAGAGUCCUGAACGGGAUUUGGUCAAUUUCCCGCGUCGCCAACGGCCUAUUGAUGCGCCCCCCGUGCGAUUAGGCUUCCUGCCCGAGGAAUGGUUCACGGCUUUCCACGCCAAAACCGGAGCCACGGGUCCCUAUAUGUUCAUGGCUUCCGUGGGAACUUAUAUGAUCUCCAAGGAAAUCUACGUGCUUGAACACGAGUUCUACUCGGGCAUUGCCUUUGCUGGCUUGUUGAUGUACAUGUACAAGCGUCUGAGUCCCGAUGUCGGUACUUAUGUGGAUGGACUGGUCCAGGCUAAGGAGGACCAACUGAGGUCCAUCAGACAAAACGAGAUUGACAGAUGUCAAGCCUCUAUUACGGAAGAGGAGAAGGCCCAAUGGAUGGCCACGUCCUACGAGUCUCUGAUCCAAGCCAAGAAGGAUAACGUGGCCCUUCAACUGGAGGCUGCUUACCGAGAACGCUUGGCUGAAGCCUACUCACAGGUGAAACGCCGCUUGGACUUCCAAAUGGAACGCGUGAACGUUCUCCGUCGAGUGGAACAGAAGCACAUGACCAACUGGAUCAUCAACUCGGUCAAGACCUCGAUCACCUCUAAGCAAGAGGAUGAAGCCCUUAAGCAAUGUGUGGCUGAUCUCAAGGCCUUGGCUGCCAAGUAAAGAUCUUUGACCAACCACCCGCUGAGAUGAUGAAUAUCGAUAACUAAAAGCAAAGGCCUGUACAACAUCCACCCUGAACCAUGGCUUUGUGGUAUUUUUUUUUUGUAACAGAAAAAAAGAACCUUGAACAAAUAAACUAUUCCUCCUUAAGCGUUUUGAUUUGCCGAACGUAGAUUCUUAUAUGCAACUUGAAAUAAAUAGAAAAUUUUACUUAA